AUGCCGAAGCUUGCUGUGUGUGCCCGAGGCCCGACAUGUCACCGCAGAGGCCUGCUAGAGAACGGGGUCCUGCACGACAGCAGUCAGCCGCACUGGCCGAGCCUGGUGGUGCGGACGUGGAGGCGAGGGCCGGACAGCACGGCUGCGCUCGGAGAAGCCUUGCUCCCGAGGCCCUGUGAGCAUACCACCGCUCAGAGUCUGGCCCAGAGCCACGGCCACGGCCUCAGAGCCAAGGGCAGCAUGAUGGUGGAUUCCACCUGUCAACCUGCUGGUUCCUUCAGGUGGAAAACUACUGCGCUCCCCCGCGGCUGCGGAGAGGAACAGGCCCCUCCACCCAGUCCGCCGCCCACGAGGGAGCGCACGCACGCGGCCGGUCUCUACCCUCGUGGCGCUGACCCCGCGGAGCCCCGCUCGGGUCCGCACGGCCGGCCGGCUCGUCCUGCCUCGGGUCUCCAGGUCCGGGGCCAAGGGUGCCCCGCGGCGCCUCAGGCGGGUCCGCACCCUCGUUUCCAUCCCCCCACCCCGCCCUCUGCUGGCACCCGGGCGCUCCCCGCCGCGCCUCGCGCCUCGCGCCGGGGUACCCGCGCCUGGCGUGGUGGGGCGGGAGAGGGGCCGGCCGGCGACGCCCGGGCUGGGGACCAGCCCCGCGUGCCCGCCCCAAAGCCCAGCGCUCCGCCCGCGCCCCCGCCGCGGGGUGUCUUUAGCGCAGCCGGCGCGCGAACAAAGCCCGGCCGCCCGCGAGAAACUUCUGCGCCUGGCGAUUUCCUCCCGGACCCGGCCCGCCACCACUCUGCACCCCGGGGAGGCGCGUCCGUCCCUGAGCUGACCCGCGGGGCCUGCGCCUGCGAGCGCGCCCAGCCACCUGCCCGGCCACCAGCCCGGCCGCUCCCGCCCUCCCCACCCCCUCCCCCCCAAGGCUUCCCGCCCGGGCUGCCGGCGGCGACCGGGGUGCAUUUGCCUCGGAUUUCCCAGAGGCGGCCGGGCCGCCGGGCGCACCGCCCGUGCCCUGCGUCCCGCCCCGCCCGCGCCGGCGCCACCUCGAGCCCGCUGGCCCCAGCCCGGCGUCAGCGGGCACCUGCCGCGCUCCUGACGUCAGCAGGCCGGGGCCGGCGCGCCCGGGCGGCGCCCCACGAAGGCGCCCCGAGCCCCGCGCCCGCCGGAGCGCUCACCGUCCCGAGGUCCGGCCGCCGCGCCGCGCUCCGCGCUCUGGCGGCCGCUCGCAGCCGCCUCCCGCUCCAUUCAUCCGCGUCCGCGCCCCCGCCCGGCCGCCCGGCGCUGGCCCCACCUACCCGGGCCAAUGGCCGCGCCGCGCCCCGGGCCCGCCCCCAGCGGUGGGGAGCGGCGGGGCGGGGCGGGGCGGGGCGUGCCUCUCCGGCCCCCGGGUCUCCGUCGCCCCCGGCCGCUCACCGACCCCUCCCCAACCGCGACAGCCCAGCCUCCGCCGCCGCGGGUCGGAAACCUGGAGCCCAGCGGUGAAGUCCCCAGGCCGGGCGUGACUCAGACCUGAACCCGCGCGUGUGGGACCCGGGCGGUGGUGGAGGCCGUGGUGGAGGAAAUGAAGUUUCCCGCCCAACCCUUCGGAAAGGCCGCCGGGGGCCGAGGGAGUUGGGGGGGUGCCGCUCGGGGGGGCUCGCCCCGGCGGCGCAUGGUGAGGCCAGCACCCUUGCCCGGCGAAUCCAGCGUUCCCUGCCUGCAGCCUUCUCGAGGGCCGCCCCCAGGGUCCCCGGUUUUGCCUUUGUCCCCACGCCUGCAAGCUGGGGCAAAGUCUCGCUGCUCCGGGAGCAUUAGCCUCCACUGCCCGCACGGCCCUUUAAGAGGAAACCCCAGCACCUGUGCUCCCAGCUGGAGACGGUCUCUCUGAGAGUGUGAGGCAACCUCGCUGGCCUGCCUGGAAGAGGAGGCUGUUGGGAGAAAGUGGGAGCACGGUCUCUGCCAAGAUCCCCGCCCGAGGAAAGGACGGCGAGCUGGUCUGCAGACCCGGCCUCCGUGCGGAGCCUGCUGGGAGCUGACCGGAGAUGCCUUUGGGAGAUCGUGAGCUCCCCAUCCUGGGAGUGUGUGAACAGGGCUGGCCGAUGCUGUGAGAGUGAUGCCGUGAACGCACCUCAGAUGGCAGAAGCAGCAUGGGACUCACUCUUUCCAAGUUCAUUUUGGAUUCUACGCCUUGAAACUGUUACAUACACAUGAUCUUCCUUUGGACGACUCAUGUAUUUCACUGAAAGAGCACUGUCUCCAUCACCCACCCCAGGGAAACACUGUCCCCGAGGCCCCCCGGGGAGCCUGGGCUCCUGGCCCUCCGCGUGGGCCCCACCAAACCCAGGGUCACAUAGGACAGUCUCCUCACCGGGGACCCUCCUCCAGGACUCAUCCACAGGUGCAAUUUGAAAGGUAAAUCAGGAAGGAACGUUUCAGGCACAUUAAUGCAAAACUCGGGCCUUUGGUUCUCCAAUGUUAAGCCGGUGCCUUGGUACCUCGGGAGGCCCCUGGGAGCACCUGUGUGCCCGAGACCACGCCCUAUGUGGCCUGCCCAAGGGGGCAGCCAGGUGCCUCGGGGCAGGUGUCACGGGGCCGAAAGUGCCGGCCCACGCUCCGGGCCACUGGUGCCGUGGGACUGGGCGGCGGCCUGCUCUCCACAAGCCACCCCUGCCCUUCAGCGUGUGGGGGACGGAUUAGGAGAGCAGGGACGAGGCCUUCGAGAGGUCACUCACAGAGCACAGCAGCCUUCAAGAAUAAGCCAACCUGAUAAAGUGCCCUGGAACAUUCUGAACUCAGUUCUAUUCUUGGGGGGGGGGGGGGUGGCAGGGAGGUUUGUCUGGAGAGGAAGUAAUUAGAAGGAAAAGAAAAAAGUGCCCAAGUUGCACCGGCCCCCCUGUGGUCCCAUGGAAGCCGUGCCACCGCCUGUCAGAGCCUCUCUAGGAGACUCACAACAGGCAUGUUACAUUUUUACGGUCGAUCACCACCAUCUGGUGUCACCUCCGGAGGCACCCCAGGAAACCGAGACGUGUAAGCUCCUGCCGACCGGCACACCCUCUCUCCGUGUUCGCCCGCUGGAUCUACGCACAUCUCACAUCUCCUCGUACGAUCAGAAGCAAAGAGGGAGGGAAAAGCGUUCCCCGCGUCUCAAGACAAGUCAACGGUCAAACCAGAAGUGCCCCUGACGCUCCACAGGCAGCAGAUGGGGCGUCGUGUUCUUUUUAGGAGCCGCUCCUAACUGAACAGGUCACUGCUCAGAGGAGCUGCUGUGACACUUUAGUUUCUGGUGGAGAAAGAAGGAGUCCAGGCUUUCCUGCCCGACUAGACGGCCGUGUGAUCUGAGGACGUCACUUGAGGACACCCAGGGCACCAAAGUUCCAGGAAAGCCCGACUCAGCAGAGACGGGGGAAGGCCCCUCUCUCUGCAGCUCCACGGCACGGGUCCUCGGGGACCUGCCGAAUGGCAGGUGCCAGGCUCCCGCGACCCGUGGGGUCCAGCCCUUGUCGAGACCCAGGGCCUCGGCCGCCCGGGACUUCCCUGGAAGGAUCGCUUGACUUUCAUCGGGAUCCACUUGUGUGGUCCCUCUCCGUUCGCUUCCACAGAGGCAAAUGUCUGCCAGCGGGAGGGCUUCUGGGACUGCCCAGGCCUGCCCAGGGCCUGCCCUGUCGGACUGGGGUGGAGGUGGGGUCAGAAGGUCUGUUUGGCAGAGACCUCACAUUCCAGAAUGACCUCAUGGUAGGUGAGUUGUUAUUUCAGCCUCACCGAUCCGCACGCGGGGCCUCCCGACGAGGCCUUGGGGAGUCCAGCCUUCCCGCUCGCCGUCGUGCCCACCCAGGUAACGCGCGUCAUUUGUGAAUCCUUUAAUUGGCCUGACUAGGAAGACGGUAUUGCAUCGAGGGUGUUUUUGUGUCGGAAACACUUAAAGCAAACAUUCAAAUUAUCAACAGUUAUGUGUAGGCCUGCUUGGGCAUUUC